GACGGUAUUACUUAUACCUAUCAGUCGAUUUUAAAAAGACUAUUUUAAAGCCCAUUAGAUCAAGUUAGCGCAUAAUAUAGGUAACUUAUUAGGUACCCAACAUACAAAUUGUGAUCAUAUAAACACACUACCUAGAGCCGGUAUGAGUACUACUAGAGACCAGUCAAACGAGACCCUGCCAGACUUACCUCUACCGGAAGGUGUCGUCUCCGAUUAUAUCGACUGCUCCACAUCGUGCGGUCUUACAUGGCACGUUUUAAAGGCCGGUGAGCCGGGGAAGCCCCUCGUGCUCUUCUGCCACGGGUAUCCCGAGCUUGCGUACUCGUGGCGCAAAGUACUGCCGGAAAUCGCCAAAGCAGGAUACUACUGCGUCGCGAUGGACCAGCGCGGCUAUGGACGCACCAAAGGGUGGCCGCGGCGACAGCCGUUCGAGGAAGUGGACCUCAACGACUUCGUCUUCACGAACCUAGUGCGUGAUCUCAUAUGUCUGGUAUACGGUCUAGGAUACAAAACGGUACAUAGCAUCAUCGGCCACGACUUCGGCGCCGUGAGUUCCGCCAUGGCCGCGCUCAUGCGCCCCGAUAUCUUCCUGUCAACCGUGCAAAUGAGCCAUCCGCACCACCGGCCGGCGGAGCCCAUAAUAGCUCCUCCCGAGGAAAAGGGGCAAGCAAAGAAGAUAGACAUCCAAGCCGAGUUGGCAAAGCUGGAUCCGCCUCGGAAGCACUACAAGUGGUACAACUCGAGCCCGCAAGCCGCCCGAGACUGGGAGAACCCGGCCCAGGGCCUCGAGGCGUUCCUCAGGGGAUACUUCCACCUGAAGUCGGCGGACUGGGGCGCGAACAAGCCGCGGCCCCUGACGAAGUGGGGCGCCGAGGAACUAGCCCCGAUGCCCGAGUAUUAUAUCAUGCGGGCCGAGCACUCGAUGCCGGAGACGGUAGCAUCCAACAUGGCGGGGGAGGACUUCUCCAAGACGGAGCGGUGGCUCCCGCGGGACGACCUGCAGGUGUAUUGCCGCGAGUGGGCGCGGACGGGUUUCCAGGGCGCGCUGAACUGGUACCGGGCGCAGACGGCGUCGACGAAGCAAUCGGCGCGGGACAUAUUUCUCUUCUCGGGGCGCAGGAUCGAGGUCCCGUGCGUGUUCAUCAGCGGGAAGCAGGACUGGGGCAAUUACCAGCAGCCGGGCGCGCUGGAGGGGUACGAGGACCCGAGAGCUGUCAAGGAGGGUUGUUAUAGGGGUGCCAAGCUCGUGGAUGGUGCUGGGCAUUGGGUGCAGCAGGAACAGCCUGAGGUUGUGAUUAGGGAGAUAUUGGCCUUCUUUGACACUCUAUGAUAGAGAUAAGUACGUAACCUACCUAGGUACCUACCUAAGUUAGUAAAUAUAUUUGAUGAGAUGU